GACCAAUGUAGGGUGAAAAGAUACAUGCAUUGAUUAAGAGACCCCUUAUGCACCUGUAUAAAUCGAGGAUGCUGGAAAACCAAUGUUUUAGGAUAAAAAACUUUUUGGUGCUCGACAAUUACUAUACGUACAAAACUACAUCGCACCCAUAUAUUCUGGAAUUUAUUAAAAAAACCGCAAUUUUCGACCACCCUUCAGAAAACUUUCCGAAUUUCAUGUAUGAUUUUCAUCAGUUCGACAUGCUGCAGAGCCUAAGGGUUGUGAACGAUAAACUGUUGAUAGAUGUAAUUGGAAAGAUUGUUGGAAAAACACCUCCACAGACGCAUGUGAUAAAUGGCAAGCCAGAGCGUCUCAUAGAACUAACUUUGGAGGAUCCCGAGGGUAACCGUAUACGAGGCACGCUAUGGAACAACUACUGCAAAGAAUUCUGUGACUUUUACGCAAAGCACAAGAAUGAAGCAAUUUACAUAAUUCUUCAAAUGUGCAGACCAAAGCGUUACCAAGGAUCGGUGUUGGUGUCUACUUCCUACGACAUAUCUAAGUUGAUCAUGAAUGGAACGUCAACAGAGUUUGAGGACUUCAAGGCACAAUUUGGACCAGAAAAUGAGGAGGUAGCUACAGUGACCACUUUCACUGGAAAUAGCAUAGGCCACGACAUGGAAGAAGUACUGAGAGGAAAUGCAAAAAUCAUACGGAUAAGUGAAUUCUUGGAUGAUGCAAAGGAUGGCACCUAUUGGAUUUUGGGAGAUAUUGUUUCUAUCGACAACUACAGAGAGUGGUGUUAUCUAAGCUGCCCUACGUGCAACAAAAAACUCCAGCCCGAAGAGGACAGGUUUAGGUGCAACAAUUGCAACAUAUCUCUUCCAGGAGGAACCCUAAGGUAUAAAGUUCCCGUCUGCAUCAUGGAUGACUCCG